CUGGGAUCAAGCCAGGCCUUUUCCUUGCACGAGCAGCUGCUCAAAAGCUGGGGUUCCGUAUACCUACGUCUGCUGCCUCCAAAAGAAUUUCUUUUCUCUCUCUCUCUCCUCUCUCUCCUCUCAACUCUUUCAGCUCUAUAAUCUCUUAUCGUACACGUGCUAUCAAAAUGAGGCUCAUCAUCAGAGAAGACCCUGAUGCAGCAUCGGCUUACAUCGCCAAGUACAUUAUCGACAGGAUCAAAGCUUUUGCCCCAACGCCUGAACACCCCUUUGUACUGGGUCUGCCAACGGGUUCCUCUCCUGUCAAAAUCUACAAGAUCCUCGUUGAAAAAUACAAGGCGGGCGAAAUAUCCUUUGAAAAUGUCGUUACAUUCAACAUGGAUGAAUAUAUCGGUAUCCCCCGCGAACACCCUGAAUCCUAUCACACGUUCAUGUACAAACACUUCUUCUCACAUGUCAACGUUCACCCCCGAAAUAUCCACAUCUUGAACGGCAAUGCGCCGGAUCUAGAAGCAGAAUGUGUGGCCUAUGAAGCCUCCAUCAAAGCGCAUGGCGGCAUCGAUUUAUUCCUCGGCGGUAUCGGCCCCGACGGGCACAUCGCAUUCAAUGAACCCGGUUCCUCUCUCGCAUCCAGAACACGAGUCAAGACACUGGCCUACGAUACGAUUCUUGCAAAUAGCAGAUUCUUCGGGAAUGAUUUGGAAAAAGUGCCGAAGAUGGCUUUGACAGUCGGUGUCCAGACGGUGUUGGAGGCUAGAGAAGUAGUCAUUAUCAUCACGGGUGCACACAAGGCUCUUGCCUUGCAGAGAUGUAUUGAAGGGGGCGUGAACCAUAUGUGGACACUUUCUUCGUUGCAAUUACAUCCGCAUCCCAUGAUUGUGGUGGAUGAAGACGCGACGUUAGAAUUGCAGGUCAAGACCGUCAAGUACUUCAAAUCCAUCGAAAAAGUCGCCUCGUCUCAAGGCUUCGAGCAAAUCCUUCCCUCCACAGUCCGCACCGGACCGCGGAAAGAACCCGUCGAGCCUGUCCCAGAAGCCAAGGAAGAACCGAGCAUACUGUCCCCACAACCCGUAACGAGCACAUUACUGGCUGCUCCCGCAACAGAAUAUCCGGUUCGCUCACAUACGCCCGAGCUAGUGCCAGAUCGGAUGGGGAGUCGUAUUACUGCGUAUUGAUAAGGGGGUUGGCCUGCAAAGUAGGAAGUCUCCAGGAGGACUUCUUGGAAUUUAGCGAUCUUUGUAACUUUUCUGUCUGUUUCAAGUUGAGAAAAAUUAUCUAUAGGUUUCGGUGCUAGGAAGUUUAAACUGUAUUAACAAUCAUUAUCUG